CAGGACAGAGCUUAUGGUUCAGUGUGUACAGGAGAAAACACCCCCGUUGGAUUCAAACCCUUUACAUAGGGUGCUCAGACUGCCUAAAGGGGGACAGUAGAUACAAUGCUCAUGGUGUUGUGGAGGUAGGUAAGAAACACGGACAGCCCCACGGUAAAUAUUCUGGACCUACGGGCACAAGUGGCAAAGGAGAAAGUAUAGAAGAAGCUGAAAGGUCCCACACACAGAUCGCAAAACCAGAAAAAGAAGAGAAGAUGGACAACCUUGGCAAGGAGGGAGGAGGACCAGACAACAUCACGGAGGAGAAAACACAAGUAGAUGAAGACAUCAGCGAGAGUGACAAGAGCCUCAAGGACCAGCGCAACAAAGCAGAGAAAGGUGACAAAGAGAAAGGUGAGAAGAAGAGAGAACGCAGAAGAUCCGGUUCGUUGUGGAGAGGUGUUUGGGGGCUCUCCGAACGUUUGGCCAUCAACGUGUCAGGUAUGCGCUAUGAGACGCAAAUUCGCACCCUGGCCCAGUUCCCCGACUCUCUGCUUGGAGACCCACAGCGUCGCCUGCGCUACUUCGACCCUCUACGCAAUGAGAUCUUCCUGGACCGUAACAGAUUCUGCUUCGACGCCAUCCUCUACUUCUAUCAGUCCGGAGGCCGGUUACGGCGGCCGGCAAAUGUUCCUCUGGACAUCUUCAUGGAUGAACUGCGUUUUUAUGAGCUGGGAGAGGACUUCAUGGUUCGGUUUAGGGAGGACGAGGGAUUCCCUAAAGAGAUUCCUCGGCCCCUGCCAGAGAAUGAGAUCCAGCGCAAGCUGUGGAUGCUCUUUGAACACCCUGAAUCUUCCGGAGGUGCCCGUAUUAUUGCCAUUAUUAGCGUGAUGGUGAUUGUGGUUUCCAUCCUCAUCUUCUGUUUGGAGACGCUGCCUGACUUCAGAAUUGAGAAAGAGCUGAGAGAGCAAUAUGUGCACCAGCCUCACCUCAACACUGAAAACAUUACCCUAUCCGCCACCUCCCCUUUCCACGAUCCCUUCUUCCUGGUUGAGACCAUGUGCAUCUGCUGGUUCUCUUUUGAACUGGUGAUGCGUUUCGCUUGCUCUCCCAGUAAGAUGGUCUUCUUCAAGGAUGUGAUGAACAUCAUUGACUUCUUUGCUAUCAUUCCCUACUUUGUCACGCUCGGCACCGAGCUGGCCAAGUCCAAGGGAGCCACGCCAAGCAUGUCCCUGGCCAUCAUCAGGGUCAUCCGUCUGGUGAGAGUGUUCAGGAUCUUCAAGCUAUCUCGCCACUCCAAAGGUCUUCAAAUCCUGGGCCAGACUCUGAAAGCCAGCUUAAGAGAACUGGCCCUGCUCAUCUUCUUUCUUUUCAUUGGAGUUAUUAUAUUCUCCAGUGCCGUUUACUUUGCAGAGGUGGACCACUCGGAAACAGCGUUUACCAGCAUCCCGGAAGCCUUCUGGUGGGCUGUGGUCACCAUGACGACAGUGGGGUAUGGCGAUAUGUACCCAGUGACGGUGGGCGGAAAGUUGGUGGGUUCGAUGUGUGCUAUCGCCGGUGUGCUCACAAUCUCGCUUCCGGUUCCAGUAAUCGUUUCUAACUUCAGCUACUUCUACCACCGUGAAACGGAGUGCGAGUCCAACCAGGAGCACACCCAUGUUAGCACCUCCCUCUGGGAUGAAGAAGGAGAGGAUGAAGAAGGAGAAGAAGGUGAGGAAGGCCCAGAGGAACAGGGAGACUAUGUUCCUCUUGAGGGCGGUAUGGCCUAUAGGGGGAUCUGCGCUCCUCUUAAUGGAACUCUCCUGGCGGGGCUUUGUUCCGGGCAGGCUGGGGAGCAAAGUGGAGGGACCAUUUGCCUACGGGAGCCACUGGUCACCCAAGUCUGAGACAUCG